AUGGCUAAAAAGCUGGACUCUCAAGAUAGUUCAAAUAAAACAGACUCAGAUAUGUGGCCACAAAGUAAUGGUCUUGUGGAGCGUUACAAUAGAACUCUUGAAAAUACCAUUAGUAAAUACAUCAGCAAAAAUCAAAAGGAUUGGGAUGAGCAACUUCCCUGGGCUUUAAUGGUUUACAACUCAUCAGAACAUGACACGACUAAGUUUAGUCCUAGUAUGCCUAUGCUAGGCAGAGAACUACAAUUGCCAGUUGAUUUGAUAUAUGGUCCCCACCCCCAGGAAAUUGAAUAUCCUGACGAAACAGUAUCACACAAUGAUUGUGUUAAAGAUAUGCAGGAAGGCAUAUGGAAAGUGUCUGCUGAAGCACGACAAAAUAUUUCUAAAAAUAGUGAUAAACAAAAACGUCAGUCUGAUGUUAAGGCACAUGAGAACAAAUACAAGACAAGCGAUGUAGUAUGGCUUCAUACUUUUAAUCGGAAGCCAAAACUGAGUCCAAAGUUACAAAGGAAUUGGGAUGGGCCAUACUUUGUUGUAACAGUUAUAUCGGAUUUAAUAUAUAAAAUUAAAAAGACAGCAACGUCUAAAAUGCAAAUUGUGCAUCAUGAUAGGGUAAAACCAUUCUUUGGUGAUGUUCAAAACUGGGUCAACGAACUAGAAAAUCAAAGAAAUGACAAUACUGUUAACACUGUGGUUGCCUCUGGAAUUUGA